CGAGGCCCGAGGUGCGAAGAGCCCCGCGCCAGGCGCAACUCGCAUGGCCUAGGCGCCGCCCCACCGCCCGCGCAGUAGUGGCGGGGCCGAGCGCCCUGUGGACGGGAGCCUACAUAAUGGAUCUGAACGUGAAAGGUUCCGGCAGCGUGAAGUCGUGCAAGCUCGAGGGCAUCGAGUCCAGCACCACUGUCGGCGAUCUCAAGAAGAAGAUCGCCGACGAGUGCGGCCUCUCCGCCGACCAGCAGCGCCUCUUCCUGAAGGGCAAACUGCUCAAGGACGAGGACACGCUCGAGACCUCCAAGGUCGUGAGCAAGGCCACCCUCUUCCUCGUGAAGGGAGCCUCGGGCUCGUCGGGCGGUAGUGGCGGCUCGGGCACGGAGACGAAGACGACGGAGGCGAAGAGCGAGGCGCCUGCCGUCACGGUGCCCUGCGUCGGCGGGUGCGGCUUCUUCGGCACGGCUGCCAUGGAGAACAUGUGCUCCAAGUGCUACAACAAGAAGCACCAGGCCGAGAAGGACAAGGAGGACAAGGCCAAGAAAGAGAAGGAGGAGGUGGAGGCGAAGUCCAAGGAGGAUGCCAAGGCGAGCGAAGAGGGCAAGGGUGGAUGCCCCAGCGUCCAUCGGCAACCUUGGCGCCGCGGACUGACGACAGGUGCCGACGAGGAGAAGCCGAAGAGACCGGUGCAGGAGGACGUGACGAAGUGUUGGUCUUGCGCCAAAAAGAUCGGGCUCACCGGGUUCACUUGCAGGUCGGGGACGCCGCGCGAAGCUGCUGGCAGGCAAGACCAGGACGAGGAAGAGGACCACAACUGCGACUUCGACCACCAGGACUUCGGGCGCGCCAUACUCGCGAAAAACAACCCGAACGUGUCGGUCGAGGAGAAGAAUCUCUUAGGUCUCGGACCGGCUUUGCGGUGGACGCCAUGGCUCCACCCCUAA